CCUCUGUCUCGCUGCUCUCUGCUGUAGCGAUUGCCGAGGGUUCGCCUGCUUCUAGCCACCUCCCUUCUCUGCUGCUAUCUAAGCAACAGCUCCCAGUUUAAAUGUGUUCCCUUGGUUGCCUGAGGCCGCACCUUCUCUCCUUCUCCUGCGCACUGUCUUGACUCCCAUGGGCAGACUUGGUUUCCACCUUUAUCCUGUAAGCAAAGAUGUGGUUGUGUUGCAUGGCCGAGUGACGUCUCUGGCAGCACGACUUCCAGGACUCAGAGGGAUUGUCAACAGCAAGCAGAAUGCUUUUCCCACCGUCUGCGCAGGAGUCUCCGCGUGGUCUCCCAGAUGCCAAUGACCUGUGCCUUGGACUGCAGUCUCUCAGCCUGCCAGGGUGGGACAGGCCGUGGAGCACCCAGGAUUCAGAUGCUGCAGCUCAGCCCAGCACGCAUUCUGUUCUUAACAUGCUGAGCAAUCCUCUGGGGAAGCCCCCCUUGGGUUUCCUGCCACUGGAUCCCAUUGGCUCUGAGUUGACAGAGAAUCUUCCAGCCUCGGCUUUGAGGAGCUCUCGCCUGGAUAGCAGCCGUUCGCUCCUGUAUUCCCGCUCCAGCAGCCCCUCAGACUCUGACACCAGUGGAUUCAGCUCUGGUUCUGACCAUCUCUCAGACUUAAUUUCAAGCCUCCGCAUCUCCCCGCCUCUGCCUUUCCUGCCUAUUGGAGGUCUUACCAGAGAUUCCUUAAAUGGGGCAGGGUCCCACCUGGAUCAAGACCAAGCUACUCUGGCUGCAGUCACUUCCACCCCAACCAGCAUCCCUAAGCAGUGGCCUGGAGCAUCCACAUGGCCUUCUUGGAACCUGCCAGACUCUCCAGAGGACCCGUUUAGUAUUGAGAGAGAAGCAAGGCUUCACAAGCAGGCAGCAGCUGUGAACGAGGCCACCUGUACAUGGAGUGGGCAGCUCCCGCCAAGGAAUUACAAGAAUCCAGUCUACUCCUGUAAGGUGUUUUUAGGAGGAGUACCCUGGGAUAUCACAGAAGCGGGUCUCAUCAGCACUUUCCGUGUGUUUGGCUCUCUGAGGGUGGAGUGGCCUGGUAAGGAUAGCAAGCAUCCCCGCUGCCCUCCCAAAGGUAAUAUGCCCAAAGGCUAUGCCUACCUGGUGUUUGAGUCAGAGAAAUCUGUACGCGCUUUGCUCCAGAAUUGUUCCCGUGACGUGCUGAGCCCCAGCGGCCUGAGCGAGUAUUAUUUCAAGAUGUCCAGCCGCAGAAUGCGCUGCAAAGAGGUGCAGGUGAUUCCAUGGGUCCUGGCAGACAGCAACUUUGUGCGCAGCCCAACUCAGAGGCUCGAUCCUGGAAAAACUGUCUUUGUGGGAGCUUUGCAUGGCAUGUUGAACGCGGAAGCCUUAGCAGGGAUCCUCAAUGACCUGUUUGGAGGUGUGGUGUAUGCCGGUAUUGACACAGACAAGCACAAGUACCCUAUUGGAUCUGGCCGUGUAACCUUCAACAAUCAGCGUAGCUAUCUGAAAGCCGUGAGUGCUGCGUUUGUCGAGAUCAAAACGACCAAGUUUACAAAAAAGGUUCAGAUUGAUCCAUACCUAGAAGAUGCCAUGUGUCAAGUCUGCAGGACUCAGCCAGGUCCCUUCUUUUGCAGAGAUCAGGUCUGCUUCAAGUAUUUCUGUCGCGCCUGCUGGCACUGGAAACAUUCCAUGGAGAUCUUGCAUCACCACCGCCCACUGAUGCGCAAUCAGAAGAACAGAGAUGCCAGCUAGAGCUGUGGCCGAGGCCGCUGCAGCUUUGCAGAGAGAAGCUCUUCUGUUUACCUGCCACCAGGGAGAGAAAGAGCCCAGGGCUGCUUGCCCGUGCCACCACCCAGGCUUGGGGAAUGCCCGUUUUUGAAAAAAAACGUAACGGGGAAUCUUGCCUUCACGUUUGCACUUGCUGGUCUUUAUUUGUUUCUGCACUUAAUGCACAGUGAAGUUUUGUCAGGGGUUUGUUUGGGGGGGUUGAGAGGGGAGGGCCCCCCUCAAACAAUUCUGCAGUUCCCAGACUUUGGUUCCUUGUUGCUGACUAGAAGCAUAAAGGGGCCUUGUGUUGAGAAGGUGUUGAAUGCAGAUGCCUUCGCUUCCGUUUCUUAUUUAUCAAGGGCCCUUUUUUUACAUUCCUUGCAAUACUGAUGGUAAUAAUGCAGGUCUCAUUGGCUCCGUUUUUUUGCAGUUGCCAUACAGUGCCUUUCCAUUCAUUUAACCCCCCCAUCUGAACGGAAUAAAAUGAAUGUUCAGCUGGUGUUUUUUACUGUAACAACAAGGAGACUUUGUUCUUCACUUAAACCAAAUCAUAUUUCAUAUUUUACGCUCCAGGAUUUUUACCAGUUCCUUUUUACACUCUUGAAAAUGGUUUUUAAGUCGUUUGAGACUAGAUUUUUUUCUUUCCUGGCAGCUUUUAACAUCAUUGCAACUUGUGUCUGGGAGCUGUUAGUUUAAAAAAAAAGUUUCCCAGUUGUGAAUAGCAGUAUUUGCAACCCAGAAGGAUAGGAUUUUUGGAUUUUGAAACUGGACCGGAUAAACGAUCUUUGAGCUGCUGUAUAUAGUUUGUUGCACUUUAAGUUGCACUUAAGGGGGCUUGAUAAAGAUUUUUAAUCACAAAGUCACAAGACUUCAAUUUUCUUUUUAUAACGGAGCUGAUUUAAGGGCUGUGCUUCCAUAGGGCAGGCAAAGGUUCCUGUGAGCCCUUUUCUGUUUAGAGAUGAGUAAAAUAACUUUAAGGAAUGUACAGAAGAGAAGUACAGCCCACCGAUCGUGCUGGGAGUUGAAGUUUUGAUUUUGUUUUAUUUUUUUUCCCUCUAUUUGGAAGCUAUGUGCCAAAGAACCAGUGUCAUAAGUUCUCCCUUUUUCCUGCUGAGCUGAUGUUGCAUAUUCCAGCUGCUCUUUGUGGGGUUUUGUGAACCAGUAUGUGAAGUCUCUACCUCAUUGUAGUAUAUGCAGGCAAGACUGCACUCUCCUACAGAUGCGUGGAGUAAGCUGUGAUGUAGUUCUUGGCACAUAAUAAACACGUUGCAGCAAA